AUGCUAAACGCGGUUCCGGGACGAAAUUCACCAGUCCUGAAUUUUUCUGACCGUUUACCCAACCCUUUAACCGACCGGUUUACCACUGUAAAUGGUAAACAACCAGAGAUUUUCUUGUUCGCUCCUCCCUAUUACCAUUCCUCCUUCUUUUGCUCUAACCAGCCUUACCCAAGGUCAACCUCGUCCCCAGGGCUUUCCCUAAAAAAAAAAUCAGAUAGGCGGGGAAAAACCCUGGGGACGAGGUUGCCCCAAGGGUUGCUAUUUCGGCCCUCUCCAAUCUUUCUCAGUGGUAAAAUCAAAGAUGGCGGCCGCGGCAACACGUACACAGAGAGGCAACUUCCGCCCACCCUAAAAAUAUGCCUACAUUGCAGGCUAGCAGCCAAGUAAUUUUGAUUAAGCCCGACUGCCACGUGCAUCAGGAUACAUGUAAAGGGUGAACGCUGCUUUUCUUCUCUGAGAUACUGAGCCUCUCAAAUCCGCGAUAAUUCUUGAAGAAAUUCGCUAAAUUAUCAGGAUUUUUGGUAAUUAAAAUGCGAUUUUCAAACCUUCCGUGUCUUCUCUUUUCAGUUACAGUCACAGGGGUCGCUGCUUAAGCUCAGAGUCCUUAAAGCAUGCGCUGUCUUUUUAAGGAUGGGCGAUCAUUUUACUAGAAAAAUGAGUCGGAGGGCUUACCAUUUGUGAAGAAAAAACAAUAGUUCUUGACUGGGCAGAAGAGCAAAUAACAAACUGGAACAUCCCGUGUCUUGUGUUGUGAGUCCGGCACCACUGGUACCGGAAUCCGUACCGGUACCAUUGGUACUAUUUGUGUUUUAAAACUGUUGAAGUCUUUUCCGUGAUCUUGACAGGAAGAUCAUGGUGUUAUUUUUAAAGUAACAAUUCAUCAAAUUUUAAACAAAAGUAAAAGCCUCUGUUCGUCUCAGUUCAUCAACUACGGCUCAAAUAUAGACCAACAAAUGUUUAAUUUCGGAAAACGAAAUGUUGUUGAUAUUUUUAUGGCUUUUCGUUAAAAUUCAUGAGUCUUGAGCUACUUCCUUCUUGCAUCCGAUGCAUUAAAUUAUUCCCAGUGAAUCUGAAGACGUUCACUUUUAUGAUGUUGGAAAGUGAUUUAUUUGCACCUUAACCUGAGUGUAGAUAUAUGAAUCCUUAAACUGCUUACGUUGCUAGAAGUACUCUUCGUGAAUUUCUCUCUCUUACUGCUUGUUUUUCGUGUCAGUGUGUUUAUGGGACUUAAUAUUGAGUAAGUACUAGGGGGGUUGAUGCUCGAUAUACUAAGUUAAUGUAUACACUCUUGUGUCGUUCUAUUGUGUGAAGUUUAUAUGUUAUUGUUUAAGAGCUAGGAAACAUUGUUGUGACGUAAAUCGAGACUUACAUCACUUGGUAGUAUACGUGCACUUACCAUUCUAGGAGAUAAAUCUGAUUUCACAAUACUUAAUGAUUAUACAUUCCCUGCAUGAAAUAAUUAAUCUGAAAACUAGACCACACUGGAUCAGGAUCAUCACGUCUUAUAUAUGUGAAAAAUACUAGGGUGUAUAAGGAUGUAAGAGGUGGCAAACAAGUUGUAUUAACUGAAGGCUUCAGGGUCUAGUUGGAUUUAGAAAACGUAGCCAGCGAAAUUGCAGCCCUUUGAUUGAAAUAACGACAAUUGAAAACGCAGAUCUGGUAAGCCCGAAGAUCUCACUACACAGCUGACCGUGGCAGAAGGAAAAGAAAGGGAAAAUUAAGGAGAUAGCUAGGAGAUAAGAGACAAACCAUUAGGGCGCCACUCUUAUUUUACAUUAUGGCUAAUUUGAGUCAUUAGGGAGUUCAAGCAAUGACUAUAGAAACGUUUAGUAGGGUAAUUUUUUCCUGUAUGCCUCAAGUAGGGAGUUAAAAGUACCACGACGGCGAUAAAAAGCGAAGUUUGCUAUCGUGAAGCAUUGACGCGUGGGGGAAAAAUUUCUUCCCGGUCACCGAACUAGACGCUUCCGUAGUCGUUGCUUUAAGUUCCUGUUGAGGUACAAAAGGGCGAAAGAGCCACCUUUUCACAAAUCCAAGUACGAAGUAUCACCCUAAUUGGCUAACAAGGCUGCAAAGGGCCUAUAAGUGAAGACCGUAUUUAAGUCCAAAACGGUUCAUUCAGGAACGAGAUUUGCACAAUUUUUCCGAGAUAUAUAACUUUUCCCUAAAACCUUGAAGAACUGGGGUAUAUUUUACUUCAUAUUUACUCUGGAACAGGGUUGAUUUUUCCCCGAUAAUCUCUAACUAUAUUUUUUAUCAAGCUUAGGUGAGAAACAAUGCUCCCCUCGUCGUAUAUCACUGAGCCGGUCACAGGAUGAGGAUUCCUAGGCCUCUUUUUAUGAACAUUGUCCGGAGCAGAGUCGUAAAUUCAUCUCUCUUUUUUUUCUAGAACAGGUCCAAAGUCUGAACUAUCUGACCAUGUGAUAUCCCCAUUACAGUAAAUGUAGGAGAGUACCCCCGGAGAUGAGCAGCAGUGCACUGUUAGAGGUGUUUGGUCACAUCCUGUUUAGUUUCACCCGUGGAGUUGCCGACCAUUUUAAUCCAGACGAACCUGAGUUUACAGCAGAAUCAUUUGGCUACACUCCUUUGGAAAGCACCGGACGGGAAUGGUACUGUCAUCCUGUAGACGAAUUUAUUUACCAAGAAUACAGCGAUGGAGAACCUGCAAGCUUAAACUAUCUGACGAGAGGGCGACUGAGCGUAAGAGUCAUCAAUGCAUGUUCAUUAGAAGAAAACGAUCAGGAGGAGAAAUAUGACGAAAAUCGCACCAUGGCCUGGAAACGUUUGAGACCAUCUGCUCUUCGAACAGUUUGUAAAUCAAUGUACACGGGAGCCUUGAUUUCAGUUGUAACGGCUAUCUUCAUAGGAACAAUAUACAUCAUGGUUACUUAUCUCUCAUUUAAAACUGUGCAGAAUUGUGAGUUCCAGCCCAUGAACUCAACUUCAAUACAAAUACAAUGGAUAAGAUCAAUCUCUGAUGUAGUGUCUUGCGGUUUUUUAUACAUUUGGUUCUUUGCACUUGUGCAGUUUCUAUUUCGUCCAUUUCAAUUAACCGGAGUAAGAGGAAAGUUGCUGUUGAUUUGCCUUCUGACUUAUUCUUUGGACACAAGUUAUCGUGUUGCCCUCCAGGCUAGUGGGUUAUCGCACUCUCGCAUUUCUUCUCCCUUGAAAAUUCCACUUAAUGCUUUGUUUCUUCUCAACCAAAGCUUUCAAGUCUGUGUAUUAACGAAUACCUUCUGCACAAGUGCUCAAAAGAAAUUAGCUUUGUUCUUUAAAAUAGUUGUACCAAGCUGUCUUAUUUUUCUGGUAUUCGUUCUUGUCACGUCCGUGGUAUAUCCCAUAUACAACAGAGAAACUGCGGAGAAAAAAUUGUUAAUUGCGGUCUUCGCCCCCCUCAUUGGAGUUUUUCUCAAAGUAGCGUCGCGUUUGUGUGUACAGAAGUUGUAUAAUAUCACUCAUCCGGGGUAUUCUUAUGUCUUAUUGUCGCCGCUGUACUGUGGCUCAGCUAUCGUUUUUCGAGUCUUGCAAGCGGAACUUGAUAGUUUACGCUCCAUCGCCAUUCUGGGAAUAAUUCACGGCGCUGCAGAAGUCAUUGAACGAAGCACGAUGGUUCUCCUUGAUCAUAUUUGUUACGUGCUGUGUAAAAGAGCAGUAGUUCCAUGGAAAAGUUUUCGUACUCCUCGUCGUGAGAGACUAACGGCUGAUAUCGCUAUUAUGGGUAUGGUAUACGAAUCGACUGCUAUAGUGUCGGUGAAUGGGUGCCUAUACUUGUAUCAAUUUGUCUACGCAAGUGAAGAGCCCUUCAAAACUUUAUUCCAGUCAUUUGCAAUACAUACCACAGUUUCCCUUGCGAUUGAAUGGGUGUUCACCAGCUUAUCCCUGGCAAUUGAGACUCGUUAUCAAAACAUGCCCGUCAUGGCUGUUUGGUGCAGAAGAUGGAGAAGACACAUUCUAGUGGCGAUUGUGAACGCUGUACCAGUAGCUUUGUGGGCUAGCUCCAAUCUGAUAGAUGUUUUACACGGACGUUUUAGCGAAACGUCAAUUCAGCCGUGCAAAAUGCCUUUUACCUAA